CCCCUUAUAAUCUCUGGUGUGAUGACAUUUUUCAGAAAAAAAACUGAAGAACACUCACUAAAAGUCCUUUAUUACCACCUGAAGAUUUUUUAAAAUUAACACUCAAAGUGUUACUCAAGCAAAUUAUUCGACAAUUGCAGUUUAGUAUGGAGAAAAAUAUUGAACGUACAUUGGAACAGGCGAAGAAUGUGUUUGGGGUCACUGGUUGUAUUCUAGCUGACAAGGCAGGUCUUUGCCUCGGAACUACUGGAAAUGUUUCAACUGAUAGCGCUGGAUUGAUAGCAGCAAUCGCUAGUCAAGCUGCUAAAUUAGAACCUGGACUAGAUGCUCCAAUCGUUUGCUUGCAGAAUGACUCAAGACAAUGUCUGAUUCAACGCCAAGGUCCAGUAGUUGGUGCCAUAUUCAAGGACACGUCUCAAUGAAAAUCGGUGUAUCUUCUCGAAUUAUCCAAUUUCACUAUGGAUUUUUGAUCCAUAGAAAGAACAAACGAAUUGUCUUUUUUUUUUAAUUCGAUAUGAGAAAUAAAAUUGCACCUAUGAUGAUUCGAGUCGAAGUGAGAAACGUGAGGUCGAUAUCUUUUGAAAAAAGUUCUAUAUUUGUAUAUAUAUAUAUGUUAAAUAACAAAUGUAUGAGUACCAAGUA